AUGGAUAAUCUUUGCAAUAAUCAUCCUGAUCAUCUGCUGAAUUUGUUUGUACACAUAUAUGGUUUUGAAGUCAUUGCAACACGUACAACACGGAAUUAUUCUCAGUGGUUGCUCAAAUCUUACAAAUGCCAAUUAUUGAUUUCAUCAGUAUCAAGUGUACAGCUAAAUGACGUCACGGCCUACAAGAAUGAUGAUUAUGAUAUUUUAACUUCUAUAAUUCAUAGAGAAGACACCCGUGAUUUCAUUUUCAACCGUGACACUGUAUUCAAUGUUUCUCUUCUUGUUAAUUCUAUUUCUUCAAUCCUAGAUAAUACCAAUGACAUACAAAGUUACUGA